UUUAAAUGAGUGUAGCGACAGGAAUUAUCGAAAUCUUUUGAUUUGAUCCGAUAAUUUUGCAGUCAAGAAAAAUUUGAAAGAGUAGAACUCUGCCACUGGCAAAGCCAACUGCGUAUUAACUUUACCCAAAAUGUGCCCUAAAUAUCCAGAACCUCCCAAAUAUCGUUAUAAAAGGGCUGAACUAUGUGGCAAAGAACUAGAAAAGUACAAAAUGUACGCCAAUAAGGUGGGAAAACUCCAGAGUCGGCGGCCAGUUGUGGCUUGGCGCGAGUGUCGAGAUGCAACGGAUGCAUCAAAGUGCAGCAAAUCCAAAGAAAGGUCAGACUGGAUGCAGUUGCUCGAUAGCUAUAUAUCCCGAUCGCAUAUACACGGUUUAUAUAUGCUUUUUUUACCAACCAUGCGACGACGCAUGCGUGUGCUCUGGUCCUUGGCCUUGAUCUGCGCCUUCUCUGUGCUGAUAUAUGUGAGCUAUCUGUUGGGCGAACGCUAUCACAAUCGGCACUUUCAGACCAUAAUCGCCCACUCGCAUGCUCCCAUACGGCAGAUUGCCUUUCCAGUGGUCAUAAUAUGCAACAAAAAUCGUCUGAAUUGGUCACGGUUGGAGGAGGUUAGAAGUCGAUAUAACAUUACCCCAUCCCAGGAGCAACUGCUCGAACGUAUACUAACUGCCUACGAUCGUUUGAGUUUUCAUCGUUUUGAUGUCUUUGAUUCGCUGGAGGAUGAGCCGCUUCAGGCGCUCAAUCAUCUGAAUUUCACGCAGAUUGUCAGUGAAAUGUCAUGGCGAUGUGAUGAGAUCCUGAGUAAUUGUAGCUGGCAGACGGCAGCUCGGAAUUGCUGUAGCCUGUUCCGGCCACGUCGUCUUCCCCUGGGUUACUGUCUGGCCUUCAAUGAGCUCGAACAGCGACGAAAUGCUGCCUUUGGCAUUGAUACGGGAUUGCUGGUACGCCUCGUACUCCAUUCCGAGCACCAUGCUCCGGGGAAUCUGGACACCAAAGGAUUUAUUCUAAACAUAGUGGAGCCUUCAGUAUGGUUUGGUUUUCCCAUCGAGGUGGUGCCUCACACGCGCACCAAUGUGGCGGUGACCGCCGUCUAUCAUUACUUCGAUGAGCAUACCCUAAGCCUGCCCUCCAGUCAACGCCGCUGCGUGAUGGACUCCGAGCAGGAUAGCGAGCACUUCCACACACUGAUGGGGCAGAAGUACAUGCUGGAGAACUGCCAGGCCGAGUGUCAGCAGAGGUACCUGCUCCGCUACUGCAACUGCACUUUGGAUCUGUUCUAUCCGCCGUCGAACUACAGCGCCUGCCAGGCGACAGAUUUUCCCUGUCUGGCGGCCCACAAUCACUUGCUGCAGAACUUUGAGCAGUCCGGCGAGCAUCCCUAUGUACACACCGAGGAUGCGGGUCUCCUGUGCGACUGCCUGCACAACUGCAAGUCGCUGACACUAGUGACGGAGUUGCGCAAGAGUGUCAUGCAGCCUUGGCUCCAGCCCAAUUCCUCGCUGGUCCAAGGCAUGUGGCUGAAUGUCUUCUUCAAGAAACCCUCCAUGUUGGUCUAUAGAACCAAUCUGAUCUACACCUGGGUGGAUUUGUUGGUUUCUUUUGGUGGCAUUUGCCAGCUGUGCCUCGGCUGCUCUCUGAUCAGUCUCCUCGAGUUUCUCUACUUUGGACUGCUCAAAGUGCCACGAUUUCAUUGGCAGAGAAUAAGGCAGAUGAAAAAGAACUGAGAAUAUUAAAACUUGAUUUAUGAAU